AUGCGAACCUCGUGUACAACUUCUACCUCUGCCUAUACUCAAUGGCGGGAAAAAUGCACAGAUUUCGAAUCCAAGCCUUCGUCGCCGUGCAUUAAAAAGACAUCCCUUGUUAAUCUUCUAUGUCAAUUCAAUGGAGGGUGCACACCCGAAACUUUGCACUGUGAGAUGCGUAAAAGAACUGAGGAGAAUCUAAAAUAUAUUCAACAACUAUCUGGAAUGACUGAAGAAGAUGUUAUCUCUGCGGGAAUUGGUCAAAGAAUUUUGAUGGAUGGCCACACCCCUGUAAACGGCAAAGGACUUAUCACAAAUCAUUUACAUAAAUUUCAAAUGGAGUUGUACCCUUGCAAGCUAACUAAAGUUGGUGAUGAUCGUGUUUUCGCACUUAGAGGAUACCUUCAAGUUACAAUAAGGCAAUACUUCUACGUCCGACACAGAAUAAAUCUGUAUCUUCUCCGACUACCUGUGCUUUGCGUGUUUGGGGGGAAGAAUCAUCAAUACUUUUACCCCCUUGAAUGCAUCGAUGUUAUUACAGAAGAAUAG